GUGACCUGGUGUGACGAUGUCGGAAAGAGGAGUGCGCAAGUAAAAAAGAUGUUUGACACAACUCUGGUUGGGGACCCUCACCCAAGCCGGCCCAUGCACUAGAUUAUGAUGGUUUAUUGCCAUCCCCAUUGAAACGAGGUGGUGACAGUCACCUAGCCUGCUCUAGUUAAUCAGUUGAUGCUUCCGUGCCCCUUGGACCCUAGCGCUCCUGGAAGGCGUGUGUGGGUCUCACUGGGUGAAUCCUUCUUGCGUGCCACUGGGAUGGCCUCCGGAUUUCUGCUGCGCCAUACUCCUGCUUCAUCUUGUGGUGGUGUUGCAGCAGGAGAGGCCUGUAUUGAAACCAGCCGUGCUUAGCAGAUGGCCGAAUGGAGCUGCGUGUGUGGCUGGAAGGUGGGCCGCAGCGGGUGGUGUGUGGUGUGACUGAAGCCACUACUUGCCAGGAUGUGGUGUACGCACUGGCACAGGCGACCGCACAGACGGGCCGCUUUGCUCUCGUUGAGCGCAGCCGCCGUUCAGAGCGCCCCCUGGCGCCCUCGGACCGGCCGCUGCGGCUCCUUGCCCGCUGGGGACGCUGCGCAUCAGACGUCCACUUCCUGUUGAGGCGCUGCGGUCCCACCAGCACGGUGCCCAAGGCUGGCAGCACGCCACGGGGUGUUGCAGCAGCUGUGCAGGCCCCGUCGGAAAGGCCACGGCAUCCGCCACCAUAUGACGAGGCAGUCACGCGGCUGGCGGCUGGCACACACCAGUUUCUGGCCCCUCGAAGCAAAGAGCCGCCACUCCAGGGCCUGGGCGAGUCUCCCAGCAAGCAGCAGCAGCCUGACGACGACUACUCGGAGCUGCUCGGGGUAGUCGGCCUGCAGAGAGAGCGACUGCACGCCACCCACGAAGAAGUGGCCCAAAAGGACACUGAGCCGUGGGAAGGAGCGGAAGCCAGCAGCCCACCUCUGGAAGAGCAGCUGCGCUUGUCACGCCAGGAAGAGCGCACGCUGCGCUCUGAGCUGACCUUGGCACACUCGCAGCUUGCCAACUGUGAGGCACGUCUGCUGCAGUGCCGCCAGCGCCUGUGCCAGCUGGGACACGAGCUUUCGGAGGAGAAAUGCUGUCAAGGUGGGGAAGGAGGAGACGACCUGGCGGAACAGCUGUCAGAGCGUCGGCGCAUGGUGGCUCAGCUAAGUGAGGAACUGCGCGAGGCGAACCUGGAGGCCCUUGCUUUAGCGGAUGCCGACCACAAGCAUUGGCUCGAGGCUUCUGGUGGGUUUUUCAAUCGACCCGGGAGCACCCGCAAGAUUGUUGGCUCCCCGCGGCAGUUGGAAAAUGCAGUGCCCACCAGCAAGAACCCCAACGGUGUCUGGGUCUGACUCCAGCGUGCAGCAGUGCCAAGAACACUGCUGCACUCUCCACUAGAACAGAAUGUGUGAUCCUGGAAGCCAAGCCAAACAUGGAGGCAGCAUUGCAGUGAAAGUGGUGCUUACUGACUGCUGUGAUCACCUGGUGUGGGCCUAGCUGUGGUUAUUCAUCCAUGGUUGGACCAAACUUUUAGCCUGCUGAUUGUACUCCGCAUUGUGUUGGAGCAUGUCAGGUUGACUAGGUUUUUCCACUCGCCUUAGCAAACCUGUAAUUGCUUUUACUUAGGACCGAAGCGUCUGUGUGAUAUGUGCAAUGGUGGGGUGCAGAACUUUAAAUGGUUUUAAAGCAGUCUGUGAUAGAACUGCUUUGGCUGUUUGAAAAAGUGUUGCUGCAGUACGGCCAUUGUACAUGCCUUGGAACAACAGCCCUGAUGAAAAAACAGUGGCGGCGCAAAUCUGGUCAUAUUCACAAACAUGUGGACUCCUAAGGUCUUCCAAGCAUUGCUGACAUGGAUCACAACCGGUUUCGAGAACCGCUGCACAUAGGGCGUGCAUGGCCAGAAGGAGAGCUGACAGCUGAGAUAUCGCCACAAACAAUGCUCAAGCCAGUGUUGACCAACUUUUUACUGUUCCAAGUGUUUGUCAUAUUUUAUGCCAUUUAUUGUUUUUAGCCACCUGAAGCCAUUGUAUAGCAGCUCUGACUGACGCCUACAAAUUGUGGUAGCCAAGGGUGCGUGAUUGGCAAGUGCAAAAUUAAAUUGCAUUGCGUUUUAAAAUGAAAAAAAAAAUAUGGAUAGCGAUAUGGACGAGCAAGUCCACAGAAAAAUGUCAUUGUACUUCACGCUUCUUUCUCCUUUUUAGUACAUCUUGCAUUUUGAUGCACCUACUCCAACCACUCACUCAUGUAAGUCGAUUUUAAUUCGACCCAGACGGUGCCCACUAAACUGAUUGAAUUAUUCAGCGGGUCUAGUUAAACAAUACGCAGAAGAAAUUCCAUAUUUUCCUGAUCUAAUUCAAAUGCGUGCCUACUUUCUAUGUGUCCGAAGCAGGAAACUAGCAUAGAAAUGACAUUACAGCUUCAAAACCAAGUAUAAAUCUAACGCUCACCCAGUUCUUUAACAUGAAAAAUGGAAAAGGGUCUAAUAUGUGUUGUACAAUCUCGGAUGGUUUUGAAGAAUCAGCUUUGCUGCAUGGUUUUUCAAAGUCAGCUUUGCAGCAAUACCCCAAUGUUAAGUGGUAAAGCAUACAAAUGUUGCGAAGGCAGUGUAGGUUUCGAAUAUGAUGCAGCCGCGCUGGCAAUUUCCGGCCCACUUUGCGAAAAAGAAGGCGCAUUAGAAAUACGCUGUAAUCGGACAUUGUGAGCUACGGUUCUUGCUUGAAAAUCUUCCUACAGCAGUCUGAAAAUAGGCAUUUCUGAGGGAGACGACAUGUUCAUCGCAUUCACUGCACCAAGUUCCCGCCAAGACACAUGCUGCCACUAAAGGGGUCACCACAUGGUUCAGGUGCAUGCAUGCUGACUGGUCAUGUUCAAAUUAUUCAGUGAAUGCCAGGUUUAAGAUUGAAAUAACAAAAGUUUGGGCCCGCAGAAAUGCGUGGGCGCCAGCGAGGACCUUUGGUUGGGAUCAAAGUAAUGGGCAUCUACCUAUAUGCCGUGGUCACGAGGGCACAAGAAGCAAAACUUAAUUGUGGUUUUUGAAAAGAAUUAAAUUGGUAUCACAAAUCAGAGCAGGUGUAUCAUACAGUUUUAUUGUUCGGCACUGUUAUAUUCAUAUUAUAAUAUUCUUCAUGGUUGUAAAUACAGCAUUGGCACCAAGUUAACAUAAAAGGGAUGAGAAAAUUGGGUGGGGGUGGAAGUCUGUCAUGGCAGUUAUGCAAACUAACGAUUACUAAUGCAGCUGUAUUCGUCAGUUUGGCUAAUGAAAGACCUUGUAUGUAGGUGAUACGUUACUGUGACGAGUGCCUGCACAGCAGGCAUGCAUCAGCACCUGCUAAUAUGUUAUGUUAUUAUUAUGCUAUUGUGUAUCUGCCGCAAAGCCUCCUUGCCUAAACUUGCGGCAUUUUUGAGCAUGCAUUGUAUUUGAAGCAUGUUGUGGCAAUGCUGGCAUGCACGAAAGUUUCAGUAAAAAGACAGUUGGA